AUGGCACUGCUCGUACAUUUCUUCAACAGAACUUCUAAUGAACAAGCCUCGUCACCAGUCACAAUUGAAACUUCAUCUGGAGUUGAACAACAAACGGAAACAGAACAAGCCUCGUCACCACUCACAAUUGAAACUUCAUCUGGAGUUGAACAACAAACGGAAACAGAACAAGCCUCGUCACCAGUCACAAUUGAAACUUCAUCUGGAGUUGAACAACAAACGGAAACAGAACAAGCCUCGUCACCACUCACAAUUGAAACUUCAUCUGGAGUUGAACAACAAACGGAAACAGGUAAACUCUGCAUUUCUAAUAAUUGUUCAACCAAUAUCACAGACGAUAGUAUCGACACAAUCUGUGAUGAUCAUGAGAAAAACACAUGUGACAAAUACAUUAAAACUGAUCAUCCUGUUAAUGUAGACGAUAUCAUCAUGAAAAUGUUAGAAAUAACAGAAUAUCAGGAUGUACCGAAUAUUAAAGCAGCUAAAAUGUUCUACAAAACAUGCACCGAAGCCCUCUCGAUGAAAAACGAGUUCAUUAUUACAAAAGUUAUUAAUCUGAUAGAAGUAUUUUUCGGUGGAUGGCUGAUGUCAUCAGAUGACACACAGCACUACAAUCUCAUAGAAAAUGUUUUUAGAAGUUCGAAAUUCAAUCUGACCGCUUCAAUUUUACCAUUGAUAUUUCAAAGUGGAAGAACCACUUUUUUUUCCUUGAAAAUAAUCGGAGAUUAUUCAACAGGAGAUAAUUCAAUUAUUUAUAUUGAACCAGGAUCGCUUGAUGCGUUUGACAGGGAGAAAUUAAACAUGUCAGGUCGAUUGGACAGUGAAGUCAAAGAAUUAAUUUUCAAAUAUUUUGAAAACGUAGGAGCUCUACAAACUAAUAAAAAUAUGAUGGACGGUGUUUUUGAAAUUUACUCGAAAAUAAAAAAUAUCGAUUGGAAUGUUUUAUUUCAAAAUGCAUUCGUGCAUGAAUCGUAUAAAAAUUUGGAAGUUUAUAUCUCACAUAAAGAAGCUUUGCAGAUGAUUUGCGAUUUUCUCUUCUUAAAAAUUAUAAAAGAAAAUGGAAGAAAGUAA